AAUCACUGCUGAACACUGAGCGUGGGGGUAAUCUCGUCCGUUCGCCACGACGUGACCGGUCGUAUCGCGAGAAAGCCCGAGAACAUGGAAGCAAGACAACAAAAAUAAAUUUGUGGACAACAAGCCUGAGUACAUGAUGGCGGCGUCGCUGCUGCUGCGCCGGGACAAGAAAGCCACCGCCGCACACCUGAAGGCGGACUUGAGCCGGGCUGACAAUAGCUCCGGGGUCCGACAGCUCCAGGAGCUGCUCGACGUGGUGCUAAACCCCGAGAAACCCGCGGCGGACACGGAGGCUCUGGACUGGAGUAAAUGUCUGAUCGCAGGGGGCGAAGGUUUCGAGGAGUUCUGCAAAACCGUGCGGUCUUAUGACAACGCGACCCUGUGCGGCUUGGUCUGGACGGCCAAUUUCGUGGCGUACCGAUGCCGGACCUGUGGCAUCUCCCCGUGCAUGUCUCUGUGCGCAGAGUGCUUCAAUAACGGAGACCACACGGGCCACGAUUUCAACAUGUUCAGGAGCCAGGCUGGCGGGGCCUGCGACUGUGGAGACAGUAAUGUCAUGCGAGAGAGUGGGUUCUGCAGAAGGCAUCAGUUGAGAACAGGGGAGAACGUCCCUUUAAUACCUCGAGACCUUCUCUUGAUGUCUGAGAUGGUUCUUCCUCGCUUUAUUCUGUGUAUUAUACAGUACCUGAGAGAUGGAUACAUUGAACAAGACACCUCAACUGAGCGAGAUCUGCAGAAGGUCCUGCAGCAGCUGGAGCCUCAGAUCUCCUUCCUGGAGGAGCUCACGAAGAUGGGAUGCGCAAUGAGGACUGUACUAACAAAGAUCUUGACCAAUCAGCAAACAUUCAAGGAGUUGAGCAUGGGCCAAGAGGAGAAUUUGUAUGCUAAAAAGAACUAUGACAAGUAUUUGUCAGCCUUGCAGAAUUCAGGUCUGGUGUCUGUGGAGGACAAAGCCCAAGGUGCUACUGCUGAUGUCACAGUGGGUGCUGAAGGAGGGGCAGGAGCAAUGGUCCUAUUGGGAACCACCGCACCAGGGAGCCCAGAUGAUUCUAGUAAAGAGGAGGACCAAGAUGCAGGACAGUCUGUUGGACAGAGGAAGAGGGUUAAGCUGAGCAGCAGUACCAAAGAUCCGUGUAUAAUUGAAUCUCUGAAGCAUAAAUGCUUUCUAGAGGAGUUGCUGUUCUGGACAAUAAAAUACGAGUUUCCUCAGAAGAUGGUCACUUUCCUACUAAACAUGUUGCCAGAUCAAGAUUACAAGAUCACAUUUACAAAAACAUUUGUUCAGCAUUAUGCAUUCAUCAUGAAAACACUGAUGAAAAGCCACGAGUCAGAUACCAUGUCCAACCGCAUUGUACAUAUUAGUGUGCAGCUGUUUAGCAACGAGGAGCUGGCUCGACAUGUGACGGAGGAGUGUCAGUUGCUGGACAUCAUGGUCACAGUCCUCCUCUACAUGAUGGAGAGUUGCCUUAUUAAAAGUGAACUUCAGGAUGAAGAGAACAGUCGCCAUGUUGUGGUAAACUGCAGUGAAGCUCUGUUGAAGAACAACACCUACUGGCCAUUAGUUAGUGAUUUUAUCAACAUCCUCUCACACCAAAGUGUUGCAAAAAAGUUCCUUGAGGACCAUUCAUUGUUGAUGCUGUGGAUGAGCUUUGUGUCAUUUUUUCAAGGUAUGAACCUGAAUAAGCGGGAGUUGAACGAACAUGUGGAAUUUGAGUCUCAGACAUACUAUGCAGCAUUUGCAGCAGAGCUUGAGGCCUGUGCACAACCGAUGUGGGGUCUCUUGACACACUGCAAAGUCAAAGAGACGCAGGAAUAUAGUAAAACUGUGGUACGCUACUGCUUGGAGACGCUGCAGAUCUGGUUUGAUUCCAUUGGCUUUAUUGACGAGCCUGCUCCAAAUCAAGUGACAUUUCACCUGCCACUGCACCGUUACUAUGCCAUGUUCCUCAGCAAGGCUGUAAAGUGCCAAGGCCUGGACCUGGAUAGCCUCCUGCCUGACCAAGAGAUGCUGAUGAAGAUAAUGGUGCAUCCACUCCAAAUCCAGGCAUCCCUCUCAGAGAUCCACAGCAACAUGUGGGUCAGGAAUGGUCUGCAGAUCAAGGGACAGGCUAUGACCUACGUGCAAUCACACUUCUGCAACUCCAUGAUUGACCCAGACAUUUAUCUGCUCCAGGUUUGCGCAUCAAGACUAGAUCCUGACUACUUCAUCUCAAGUGUUUUUGAGAGGUUCAAAGUGGUUGACCUGUUGACCAUGGCAUCCCAGCAUCAGAAUGCUGUGUUGGACUCUGAGCAGGAGAGGCCCAUGCUUGAAGGAGCACUGACCUUCUUGGUCAUAUUGACAAGCCUUCGUGUUCAUUUAGGGAUGACGGAUGAUGAGAUCCUUCGUGGUGAAAUGGUCUCCCAGUUGUGUAUGAAUGACCGUACACACAGCGCUCUGUUAGAUCUUAUUCCUGAGAAUCCCAACCCAAAGAGUGGCAUUGUUCCAGGGAGUUGUAGUUUUGAGGAGAUGCUCUCUGCUGUGGCUGACUUCAAAGCCCCGGUGUUCGAGCCUGGAGGCUCCAUGCAACAGGGCAUGUACACACCAAAAGCGGAGGUGUGGGAGAAGGAGUUUGACCCCAUCAUGGUCGUUCUCAGAACAGUCUAUCGGCGUGACGUCCAGUCAGCAAUGGACAGAUACUCGGCAUUUCUAAAACAGUCUGGCAUUCACACUGGCAACCCGUGGCCACCUUACAAGGAGAGGACUGCUCUGCAUCCGUGUUACAAAGGCCUAAUCAAGCUGUUGCACUGCAAGACGCUGCACAUUGUGAUAUUCACUCUCCUUUACAAGAUAUGGAUGGAUCAUCAGAACAUGUCGGAGCAUGUGCUGUGCAUGGUGCUGUACCUGAUCGAGCUGGGCUUGGACAACCAGGUUCAAGACAACAAGGAGGAUGAGGAGCCUUGCAUUGAGGAGCACUGCCAUGACAGCUGGUUCCCUGGCACAAACCUGCUCUCCAAUCUGCAUCAUGUCAUCAACUUUGUGAGGGUUCGGGUUCCUGAAACGGCUCCUGAAGUGAAGAGAGAGGCCCCUCCUAGCACAAGCACCGAAGCGUCUUCUUAUGGCCAGAACCUGCGUGAAGCUCAGGUGUUCAGCCUUGUAGCGGAGCGGAGGAGGAAGUUCCAGGAGAUAAUCAACCGUAGCAACACCGAAGCCACCCAGGUUGUCAGGCCCAAGAGCUCCUCAACACGCUGGGUCCCGCCAGGCACACCCCCGCAGCUGGUAACAGAGAUCCUGGAGAUCAGGGAGAGCAUGCUGUCCCUCCUCAUCAAGCUCCACCAGAAGUUGUCGUCCAAGCAAAACUCUCUGUCGCCAUCGUGGCUGGAGGAUAUGGACACGAGCCGUCACACUCACGGAGAUGGCAUUACAGCCAUUGAGCGCAUCCUCACCAAGGCAGCCGCGCGCAGCUGCCAAAUCAAGCGUAGCAUCCAGGACAUUUGUGGAAAGGUGUGUCCCCCAGUGCCACCAAAGAAGAACAGUCCCACUGACAAGAAAACCAUGGAUAAGGAAGAGAGACGUCAGAGAGCUAGAGAGAGACAACAGAAGCUGCUUGCUGAAUUUGCCUCCAGACAGAAGAGUUUCAUGGAAACAGCCAUGGAUGUUGAAUCCCCUGACACUGAGGCAGCCAUGGACCUAGGAGCGUCUGAAGUGAUGGAGUCUGAGGUUCUUUAUGACUGCGUGAUCUGUGGCCAAAGCGGACCGUCCACCGAGGAUAGACCCACUGGCCUUGUAGUUCUCCUCCAAGCAUCCUCAGUGCUCGGGCACCGCUGCAAGAGCAAAGAUGCUAAGAAGCUACCAACUAGUGAUGAAGAGCACAUCUACGCUGCGGACACGUGUGGAGUGGCUCAUGACGUCAGGCUCACGCUCAUGCAACGGUUCUUCAAAGAUAGCUCUUGUCUGCAGUCUGUGUCAAUAGGUUGGGACGGAGGCGUCUACAUUCAGACCUGUGGACACACUUUGCAUAUAGAUUGCCACAAGUCAUACAUGGAGUCUCUGAGGACUGACCAGGUCCUCCAGGGUUUCUCUGUUGACAAGGGUGAAUUUACGUGCCCACUGUGCCGACAGUUUGCCAACAGUGUUAUUCCUUGUCGCCCCGGGCGGGGCGUGGAGGCUGGUGCCUGGCACACACCUACAAACAAGAAGAUGUUUGUGCUAGUCAAGGAAGUGGAAGAUCUUCAGGAGAAACUUGGCCAUUUCCCAAUAGAAACCAACUUGAGUAAAGAGAUGGAGCUGGUUAUUAAAGACAUCAAGAAUACCACCCAGAAGAAAUACAUGGACUAUGGCAAGAACCCUGGCUCCCCUGACAACGAUUUCCUCUUCAUGUACUCUGUGGCAAGGACCAACCUGGAGUUGGAACUUGUGCACCGGGGAGGAAAUCUGUGCUCUGGAGGGGCUAGUGCAUCCGCCAAACGCUCAUGUCUCAAUCAGCUGUUCCAUGUGCUGGCCAUGCACAUGCGUCUGUACAGCAUUGAUUCAGCCUACAACCCCUGGACUAAGCUGACUCAGGUUAUACAAAGCAGAGAGGCAGAUGGCUUUGACGAUGAUGAGAGACCUGAGGUACCGAUGCUGUUUCGAGAUGUCCCAUCCCUCCUGAUUAUCUUUGUGCUAACAAUGCCACAGCCUCUGCGAAAAGAGCACUUUACCUGUGUGGUGAAUAUGCUGUACAACCUGCAGUUCAGCCAGGCUCUGGCUGCACUCUCAACCAAGUUCAGCCCAGAAGAAAGGCAGGCCUGGAGCACAUCUGGAGCACUCAAGAAGAGUGUUGCAAAUUCCGAGACAUCUUUUGAAGCGCUGCUCAGUCACGUUAUCUGUGAGCUCUCUAAGGACAAGAGUGUCUACAAGGUGAACGCUGAAGAAACAUCAAUGCUGAGCUCCAGUGUGUGGUCUCCACAAUCUAUUGAGUUCAGCCUUCAGCAGUUCUGCCUGCCCUUCCUGCGUCUCUCAUGCCUCCUGCAGCAUCACCUCUACGGAGACAACUUAACUGGCUGCCUGGAGGAGGAGGAGUUCUCGUCCUUGGCCGUGUGUUUGGGGCUCUUAACCUCGGCCCCUCAGCCUUCCAACGCCGUGCACAGUGCCUCAUGUCUGGAGUGGCCGGUCAGCGGUUUUAGCUUGGUGACACAGUGGUGCGCUGAGGUCACAGGGCUCUCUCAGAUGCAGGCUGAGCAGUCAUUGACCUUGCUUGUCAAGGAACCUCAGUGGAGCCCCCGCCUUCUCCAGCUACCCGACAACUACAAUAUCAUCUUCCAGUACUAUCACAGGAAGGCCUGCACUGCCUGCAAAAAGGUGCCAAAAGACCCCGCACUCUGCCUCGUUUGUGGCGCCUUCGUCUGUCUCAAAGGCGUGUGCUGCAAACAGCAGGGUAUCUGUGAAUGUGUUUUGCACUCCCAACAUUGUGGCGCAGCUACAGGCAUCUUUCUACUGAUAAAUGCCUCAGUCAUCAUCAUCAUCCGUGGACAUCGUUUCUGCCUGUGGGGUUCUGUUUACCUUGAUGCCCACGGAGAGGAGGACCGCGAUUUACGCCGUGGCAAGCCUCUCUUCUUAUGUGAAGAGAGGUAUCGAGUGUUGGAGCAACAGUGGGGUUCACACACCUUUGAUCACAUCAAUAAGCGUUGGGGGCCUCACUAUAAUGGACUCUAAGAUCUUCCAAAGUCCACUGAAAACAGCAACCCGUGACAGAGAAGUUUUGUUUUUUUCCUGGUUUUUGUGUCUGCCUCGAUCAAAAUAGUUGGGAACUCUUAACGUGAUAAACACAAACAUCCCAGUGAGGGUAUUGCUGCCACAACCUUGGUUUAUGUGAAGUUUGGUGUACAAUCAUGCCUAAAGAUUAACACGUGUGUGUGUUUAAGUGAUUUAUUGUGUGGUUUUCAACAGGGAAAAGCAGAAUUCGGUAAGAUCAAAGGCAAAAGCACAACUUUUCCCAGAUAUUCAAUUGGUGUGGAACAGGGUUUUGAAGCCCUUGUUAUUUAUUAGGGUUAAAAGAAAAAAAAAUAUCUCUCUAUAUAUACAUAUAUAUAUAUAUCGAUAUAUAUCUAUAUAUAAAAUCGAUAUAUCUAUAUAUAUCGAUAUAUAUAUCUCAAGUGCUGAAUGUCCCUGCAAAGUUUGAUUACUUUUUGCACCAUUUACGAUGAUGUUAACGCAUAUCCCUUUUAUUUAUCAAAUGUGCUCUGCUGUGCUGGCAUGAGUUUCAGGCUGCUGAUGAGUGUAGCGAUGUUCUUGCAAUGUGCACUCAUUAUCUGCUGACAUGUGAGGGUAGACAGGACAGGUCCACCCAUCAACACACUAGAGUUUUUUUUGCAAACAAGCAAAGGCUCUUUUUAUGGGUCUAGUUGCAAUCCAUCCUCAGGAAUUUAUUUUGUGUUUGCUGUUUGAAAUACGUUUUAGAUAUUUAAAUAAAUGCUGCUGCUCAUUGUUGAAGUAAGUAAUUUUAACUUUUGUGAAGAUAUUUUUUUUUCUAAGGUUGUGCUUUGAGUUUAUGGAAGAUGGCUUGGAAUAUUUAAAGAGGUAUGCGGUCACUCAUCCCGCUCACUACAGAUCUUGGUGUCCUUCCCCAUCGCAUAGUGCUUUUUGUUUCUGGUUGGUUCUGAAGAAGAAACUCUAAUGCCAACUCUAACACAGCUAAAGCCACAACCUGUCACAAAAACCUUAAGUGGAAAGAAUUUAAGUAGCAUACAUUUUUUAGGAAAAGUCAUUGCACUGAUAUGGUGACCUGCUGUGCUGGCAAAACUGAACACCAUGACAGCAGAAAUAUUUUAUUGCUUCUGUCAAAGUUUUCUCAAGAUACGAAACUCAGUCAAAUUCAAGUUGCUUUUGAGAAGAACAGUCUAUACUCUUCAUCUGUCUGUGCUGAAACAAAUAACGUUUUUCCCUUUUAUGCUUUUGAUUGUCGAGUCCUAACUGCAGUACAGAGCGUUUAUUGUGAUGACUAUCCCUUACUCAUCUAGUUGUGAUUUAUAGUUGCAUUCCAACAUAAAAAGAUUUGAUUACACUGUGCAUGACAUCAUUUAAGCCACCAUUCGUUAAGUUAGCUACUUCAUUCUUUGAUCAUCUUUUUUUCUGGAAGAGAGGAAAUUUAUCCAGCUGUGCCUGCAACAUAUUUCUUUUCUGGUGACAAACAGCACACUGCUGAUAUCAAUGACAUCUGAUUUUGAAAUACUGGGCCACGUUGUGCUGCAUCGAGGGAUCUUUAAGGAACAAGUUAACACUUAAAAAAAACAAAACCUUCCUCUUGAAUCCAUGCAUGCUGCUUUUCUGUUUACUGAGUUUCUCCUCUCUUCUUUAUUUUGCAGUACCCACUUUGUAAAUGACCGCAACCAAAUAGCCAAUGAGUAAUGGGUGUAAAUUGUAACUGAAAGCUCUUGUGUGUUCUCCUGUAUGAAUGAAGAGAGAAUACAGUACAUUACUGUAGGUGCUGACUCAAACUUUCUGAGUUUGACCAGAAAGUAUGACUUGGACAUUUAAUGCAAAAUGUAACAUAUGUGAAUAAAAUAUAAACACA